AUGAGGACCAGAGACACAGGGGCCUCAUGCUGUGUGCUCUUUGGUGACGGUUCCAGCGACAUUAAACUGAAUGUGGGGUUGAACAGAGUGGAGAUCGAGGUGGUGGCGGAGGAUGGAACCCUGAAGAAAUACUGCGUUGAAAUCACCCGGCUGUCUGCAAACAUUGCAGAACUCAGUAAUCUGGUUCUGGACGGAGAGAUUCCACUUCUACCUGCAUUUUGCCCUAAAAUCUAUGAAUACAAUAGUGUUGUUCCCUUCCACUGUAGUACCGUGACUCUGCUUCCCUCUGUGCCCGACAAAAACAUCAGAGUCACAGUGAAUCAGGAGGACAGCUCUCAGACGGUCCCUCUGAAUUUUGGAGACACCGAGGUGGAGGUCUCAGUCUGCUCAGCAGAUGGCAGUAGAUCACAGGUGUACACGGUGUUGGUGACUCGAGACAUAAUCCCUGUGCCCGUGACCUUCACUGAUGGGAACCAGCAGCUGGACUGCGAGUGUCCGGUUUCUCUGACGGCUUUUUAUAGACCCAUAUCGAUCAAACACAGCGACCCAAAGAGCAUCUUCUCGAGGCCUCACAUUGAGACGCUGGCACGGAGAUCAAAAGUGGACCCACUUAGCGGUUGUCCUCUGGGAGACGGAUGGAAGGUUCCUGAGCUGGACCUUGACGGGAGGAUGUCGGCUGCUCCGGUCAAGUGUUUCUUUGCUUACAGAGGAUGUGACAGUGUGAUGAAACUGUCGGAGCUGGGGUCACACUCUCUGGACUGUCCUCACAGGCCCUCAGGAGACCUGGAUGAAAAGGAUGUCACAGAGACUGAUUGGUAUAAGAAGCACUUUGCAUCAACCGGUUGUUUGGAGAUAGAGACUAAACACACUUUGGAGCUGCGUAACUGGGAGGAAAGACUCCAACUGACAGCAGGAGAAGACGAUGUGGAUAAACUGUGUGCUUUGGCUCAGGAUCACCUGAAUCUCUACCACCAACGUCUGCCCAAACCAGGCGAUGUGCUGCAGUAUGAGGAAGGCCAGUCUCCUCUGCACAGCCUGGAGCAGGCUGCUGUCCACUAUGCAUCGGCCAUCGGUCUCAGCUCCAGAGAGGCCAGGCUCCACUUCCUGCUGGGUCUGGUUCUGGAGGAGCAGCACUACGCUACAGAGAUGUACGGCCUCCAGAGGAAGGCUGACAGAGACAGAGACGAGUUAAGCGAUGCCAAAUCGACGGCGCGCCAGGAUGACAUCCUGGCCGUGUGCCAGCUCCACGGCUUCCCCGGCACGCCGACGACGGAGAACCAGCUGCAGGCCCUGGACAGAGAGUACCAGCAGCUCAGAGAGCAGGGACAGUCCAGCAAAGCAGACUACGUUCAGACGCUCUACAUCUGGCUCUCCAAGAAGUCUGGCAGGGACAGCAGUGCGGCGGUGCGGGACGAGGAGGGCUGUGUGCACCGGGCCCUGAUGAAGUACCUGGACGCCUGGUCUCUGAGUCCGGACAGCUGGGAGUACAGCCUCCACGCAGGACGGCUGCUGCUGCUGCUGCAGGGGAGGAGCAGGGAAGCUCUGCAGCUCCUCCAGAGCGGCCUGGUGCUGCACCCGCUACACCCGGCUCUCAGGUUCUUCACAGGGCUGGCUCUGCUGCAGCAGGAGCAGAAACCCUCCGAGGACACAGAGAAGGAGGCCGCACUGUUCUUACAACAGGGUCUGGAGCACUUUGUCAGCCAGCGCCUCAGCAAGAGCUGGGUGGAGCAGCAUCCAUCAGACCCUCUGUCCAGCCUCAGCACACAGUUCCUGCGAGGUCUCCUCACUCUGGGCCAGCUGCAGCAAAGAAACACCCUGUCUGGGAAGGUCAUGAGUGCAGAGCAGGUCUAUCACACCGUAGCCGUGCUGGCGGCCCAGAGUGUGAGUCGGUGUGUGUGUCGUGGCGAGGCGAUGGGGCAGAUGGAGUGGGUGCUCCUGGAUGCUCAGUUCGCCCUCCUGCAGAGUCUGAUCCAGCAGCCUGGCACCGAGACGAGGCGGUCCCUGGUGGCAAAGAGAUGCCAGGCCCUCACAGCUCUCAUACGCCUCACCUCCAUCGCCCCCUGUCAGGAGCUGCUGGACCUACAGGAGAGAGCGUGCCAGCUAGCAGUGGUGACCACACCGCGGGACGGCCACGCCCUCUGUCUCUUGGGUCUGUCACAGCUGGCUCAAUACGACAACAACCCAAAAUCAGACGGGUCAAAGGACGCCAUGACUGGAGCCAUCCUCAGCUUCCAGGCCAGCAUUGAGCUGGAGCACAAGACCCAGAGAGGGGCGCCACCUGAACAGCUGGGCAAGCAAAAGUGGUGGAUGGACCGGAAGGAGGCUGAAAGCCAGAAAGCUGGAGAGCAGUCCAUCCUCCAACCAGCUGGAGUGAAGGGGCCCUCUGACACCAGCGUGGCCAAGAGAGGAGCUAAGCAGGGCAGAGGAGGGCCUGGUCAAGGGCGGGGGGGCGCAGCUGUAACCAAAGCUCCCGCUCCUCCCCCCCCAGCGCCCACCAGGGGGGGGAGAGCUGCCCAGCCUCCACCCAAAACCCCUGCAGCCAGAGGGAGAGCCGGAGCAGCAGCCAAGUCAGACCGAUCAGCUAAACCUUCAGCUAAACCUUCAGCUAAACCUCAGCUCACCGUCACCAAGACUGAACCGGAGUGUUGCCCCGAUACGGUUGAGACCUCGGAGGAGCCGGCUGUGGCCGACAGAGUGAACCGGCGCUCUCACGGCUCUCGGCUCGGUCUGGCCCGCGCCCUCUCCCGCUCUGCAGACACCCAGGACCAGGCAAAGCAGCUCUACCAAGAGGUCAUCUCCAUGGCACCAGGGGUCCACGAUGCCUACAUUGAGCUCGUUCAGCUGUUGGAGCCCUCAGACCCUCAGGCUGCAGUAGAGGUUUACUGCCGGUUCCCUCUGAAGCCGGCGGCCGAGCAGAGCUUCGAUGACGCCUUCAUCACGGGAGAGAUGGUCCGCCUGCUGAUGACGCUGGAGCUGUACGACCACGAGCUGCUGGAACCCAGCCUCGUAGCAUACGGGAAAGUCAUGGGCCUAAGUUGCAUCGACAAAUACAUCGACAUCUUGGAUGGAAAGUCACGGACCAAACUGCUGAGGAGCCUCUACGCCAACAUCAACGACAGACCGGAGGACGAUCAGGAGCUCCAGGAUUUCUUCAAGUUCAGAUGCUGGAUAUGAUGAUGAUGAU